AUGGGGGCGCGGGGAGGUGGCGGCUGGAAGAUGGCAGCUGCUGGAGGCACUGUGAGGCGCCUGGUGGCCGUCGUUCCUGCGCGGUUCUCCUGCUCGGCGUGGCUGCUGGCCGCCGCUGCACUGACCGCUGUAUCAGCAGUAGAGGUCAACACGCCGGAAGAGAUAUUUGUGGAGAAUGGGACAGAUGCAAAGCUUCCAUGCACAUUUACAUCUGUGGAAGUGAUCAGCAGCGCAGCAUCAGUUUCAUGGAGUUUUCAACCAGAGGGAGCUGCAACUCGUAUCUCAUUUUUCUAUUACUUUAAUGGAAAGCCAUACCCUGGAAAGGACAUACCAUUUAAAGACAGGAUCACUUGGGCUGGAGAUCUUAACAAGAAAGAUGCUUCUAUCAGUAUAUCAAACAUGCAGUUCCGAGACAACGGCACUUACAUUUGUGAUGUCAAGAACCCGCCUGACAUUGUUGUCAAACCAGGAGAAAUCCGAGUUAGAGUUGUGGAGAAAGACAGCCUGCCUGCGUUCCCAAUUGCCAUGGUGGCAGGGAUAGUCAUCGGUACGGUUACAGGUCUCUCACCGCUCAUCUCUAUUGUCGUGUGUCUUGUCAUCAGAAAGAACAACUCUAAAAAACGAUACUCUGGCUGCAGUACAUCUGAGAGCUUGAUGUCACCAGUUAAGCAGGCUCCGCAGAAGUCGCCCUCCGACACAGAGGGUCUGGUAAACAGCGUGCCCGCCAGAUCACACCAGGGCCCAGUCAUAUACGCGCAGUUAGAUCACUCCGGAGGACGGCACAGUGACAAGAUUAACAAGUCAGAGUCUGUGGUCUAUGCUGAUAUUCGGAAGAACUGAGAUGAUAUCCUAAGCUAUCCAAAGGAGAACACACAUUCAGACUGGAAUUGCUUGAACAAGAUUUGACCAGAGAACUCACAUGUGGCCUUUGAUGCCUAGGCUAGGACCAAUGCAUGUGCAUAC